AUGAAAGCUCUGUAUCUUCUUCCAUUCCUCUGUCUCCUGGCAACUGCUCUAUAUUUCUCUUCCCAUGGUUUCAGCUCGUCGUCUACUAAUUUGGUUCCCAUUCCGAGCAGGAGAUCUAUGCGAGAGUGGAACAUCCCCACAUCUAUCACACAACUUUAUGUAUACGGCAACAAGAAGGAUCUGGAGCAAGACGAACAGAAGAAUAUCAAGGAACACGAGGAACUAGUGGAGAAUGUCAACGAUAGUAACCAUGUCAAUGAGCUUAUCUACCACAUCGAUUACAAUGGUGUGACAACUCAUCCGACUCCAAGGGAUAGACCGUAG